UGUAUACAUAAAAUCGUGACCGCAAAGAGGAGAACUGGAAAAACAUGUAACCGAAUCGUCGACGAUAGAAGGAGGAGGAGGUGUUGGUUGUGUGUAUUUCUUGUUGUUUUGCGCGGCGUAGCUGACUCAGUCUAGACUUUCACUUCCUACUGAAUGGAAGCAUAAGGCGUAAGGUCCGAGAUCUGACGUGGAAUUGUAGUCUGUUGUCGAGUGCUUUGUUACGUGUGUAUCUUGUCUGCCACGAUGGCCAAUUUCGAGGCGGUGAAGGAAGGCUUGGCCAAGAAUGGCCAGGAGCAUCUGCUGAAGUAUUGGGACGAGUUGAGCGAGGACCAGCGGGCUUUGCUGCUCGAAGACAUUGGCGAGUUGAACCUGGAGGAGGUGAAGGAGUUCUUUGAACGUGCCACAUCGUCGAUGGCGGAGAGUGGCGAGAAGUUGGACGAUAAGAUGGAACCGGUGUGCGAGGACAAGUUUCUGUCGAUUUCGGGAAGCAAUCCGGACCAGCUGACCAAGUAUUACGAGGAGGGAUUGAGACAGAUUGCCGGUAGCAAAGUUGGUGUACUGUUGAUGGCUGGAGGACAAGGAACGAGACUUGGAUUUGCUCACCCAAAGGGGAUGUACAACGUGGGUCUGCCAUCAAACAAGAGUCUGUUCCACGUUCAAGCGCAACGGAUACUAAAGUUGCAAAGGUUGGCCGCCGAGUUUGUGGGUCAAUCUGGACGAAUUACGUGGUACAUUAUGACCAGCGAGGCCACGAUGGUCCCCACGAAAAAAUACUUUGAGCAGAAUAACUACUUUGGCCUCGAGGAGGAGAAUAUCGUAAUGUUUGAACAGGGAAGCUUGCCUUGUUACGAUUUCAAUGGAAAGAUUCUGCUGGACGAGAAACAUCGCAUUUCAAAGGCACCCGAUGGCAACGGAGGACUGUACCGUGCACUACGCGAUCGUGGCAUUCUGGACGACUUGGAAAGACGAGGAGUGCUGUACUUGCAUGCGCACAGCGUUGAUAACAUUCUUAUUAAGGUCGCUGAUCCCAUUUUCAUCGGCUAUUGUGUUGAACAGAGCGCGGAUUGCGCUGCCAAAGUGGUGGAAAAAUCUCAUCCGAAUGAAGCCGUAGGAGUCGUCUGCCAGGUCGACGGUAAAUACCAGGUGGUCGAGUACAGCGAAAUCACCCAGAAAACAGCCGAAUUGCGAAAACCAGACGGGCGUCUAACUUUCAACGCCGGCAACAUUUGCAACCACUUCUUCACGACCAGUUUCUUGCGCAAGAUCGGCUCAACGUUCGAAAAAGAGCUAAAACUGCACGUGGCCAAGAAGAAGAUUCCAUUUGUGGACGAAUCGGGAACGCGUUGCACGCCGGACAAACCAAACGGGAUCAAGAUUGAAAAGUUCGUCUUUGACGUGUUUCAAUUUGCCCAACAUUUCGUGACCGUCGAAGUUCCCCGUGAUGAGGAGUUCAGUGCGCUUAAGAAUGCCGACAGUGCCGGCAAAGACUGCGCCUCCACGGCGCGGGCUGACAUUUACCGAUUGCACAAAAAGUACGUCGAAGCUGCGGGUGGUAGCGUGGACGGUGUCGAGGUUGAAAUCUCCCCGUUGCUGUCGUACGGCGGGGAAGGACUUGGGUCGAUCGUCAAAGGGAAGACUUUUGCUUGCCCGGUUUAUCUCACGGCCGACGGUGAGAGCAAGUAGAUUGUAUGAUAUAUGUGUUCUGUUUCCUUACAUUUUUCAAACCAAUACCCAAUUGUAUAAACAUCAGCCAAGCGAAAACUUUGUACUACUUUUAGACGAUUAGGAGAAAUUAGGUAGGAUAAUUGCUGUAAUCCAUGUGCAAUGAGUCGAACCCGAGCACACGCAAAAAUGGGGUGAACGUGAUUUUAGCUAGGUUCUCCAGCAAAGAGAGGGCGUUUUGCUACGUGAAAGGUCUAUAGUCAAAAAAAUGCUGCACGACUAGUUUGAAACGAAAAGGAGAGCGAAAACCAGCCCAGCCCAGCUCAUCGAUUUCCCGUUGUCCUUGAGAGCGCCAAGAACUAGCGCUGCGAGGUGUAAAAGUGAUUGCCCUCGGUUUUUAUCCGGACAAUAUUUAAAAUUACUUACAGAUCUGCAUCUACAAGCAUUGAAACUUAUACAUUUAAUCGAAUAAAUCAUUCCGUGCUUAAAACAUGUACUCUGAAACGAUGGAUCAAUAAAACCGUACUGAAAAGGCUAUAACUAAAACAA